AAUGUUAAAACAUUUCUCCUCUUCUCCACCAUUAGCAUUUGAUCAGAGAGAGAGAGAGAGAGAAGUUGAUUCCUAUGGCUGCUGCUGCUUCACUUUCUGCGAGUCAAGGUUUGCUAGGAACUUCCUUCUAUGGAGGUUGGGGAAGUUCAGUCUGCGGCGAGGAUUACCACACCAUGCUCGCCAAAACAACUGCGCCACGGCAAAACUUUGCUAAACUCUCACGGAAACCCAUCAGAGUACAGCCAAUGAUGAAGAAUGUCAACGAAGGCAAAGGCUUGUUCGCUCCUCUAGUCGUUGUCACCAGGAACAUAGUAGGCAAGAAGAGGUUUAAUCAGCUUAGAGGCAAAGCCAUUGCUUUACACUCUCAGGUGAUUACAGAGUUCUGCAAAUCGAUAGGAGCUGAUGCAAAGCAGAGACAAGGAUUGAUUAGGCUUGCUAAGAAGAAUGGAGAGAGGCUUGGCUUCCUCGCUUGAGAUCCUUCCCUCUUCUUCUCGUCUCUGUAUACAAUCAUCUUCUUCUUCUUCUUGUCUCCUGUCUAGAUGUAUUUUUUCCAAACCUCUUUUAAAACAUAAACUGCCAUUCUCAUUCUCAAAGUUAUCUGCAUCACUCUCUGAGAUUAUAUUUACUCUUUGAAACCCA